UGCAGCAUCAGGCUGACUGGCUCCGUGAAGAUGGCGGACUGUAUACGUGUUCCUCUGCUCCUGCUUUUCAUCUGCAUCUUGUCGUUUUUGCAUCCAAUUCAAGGAGAUAUCAACGCUGUCGCUAAACUCGCCGCUAAAGCUGAAAACCCACAGAUCCCAGCCGGAGGUCCAGGCCCGGCUGUGGUCAACCAGGGAGCCGCUGAGAGGAGCCCGGGCGGCGGGGCCUCGCUGCCUCGGAGGCGCUCUACCGGCUGGAAGUUGGCUGAGGAGGCGGUGUGCAGGGAGGACCUGACCCGGCUUUGCCCUAGACAUUCCUGGAACAACAACCUGGCUGUGCUGGAGUGUCUACAGGACAGAAAGGAGGAAACUGAGAUCGCAGCAGAAUGCAACCAUCUGUUGUGGAACUACAAGCUGAAUCUGACUACAGACCCAAAGUUCGAGUCCGUAGCUGUGGAAGUCUGCAAGACCACGAUCUCUGAGAUUAAAGAAUGUGCAGCGGAGGAGCUCGGGAAGGGCUACCUGGUGUCCUGUCUGGUGGAUCACCGUGGCAACAUCAGCGACUACCAGUGCAACCAGUACAUCACCAAGAUGACCACCAUCAUCUUCAGCGACUACCGGCUGAUCUGUGGCUUCAUGGACAAGUGCAGGGAGGACAUCAACACUCUACACUGUGGCAGCAUCAGCACCGGAGAGAAGGACAUUCACUCCCAGGGCGAAGUGAUUGCCUGUCUGGAGAAAGGUUUGGUUCGGGAGGCCGAGGGUCAGCCGGGGGCUCACCAAAUCAAAGAGGACUGUAAGAAAUCCAUCAUGAGAGUAGCAGAGCUCUCCUCAGACGACUUCCACCUGGACCGCUACCUGUACUUUGCCUGCAGAGAAGACCGAGAACGCUUCUGUGAAAGUACUCUGGCCGGAGAAGGGCGAGUUUACAAAUGUCUCUUCAACCACAAGUUUGAGGAAGCCAUGUCUGAGAGGUGUCGCGAGGCGUUGACCACCAGGCAGAAACUGAUCGCUCAGGACUACAAGGUCAGCUACUCACUGGCCAAAGCCUGCAAGUCGGACCUGAGGAAGUACCGCUGCAGCGCCGACUCCAACAUGCCCCGAGCCCGAGAAGCUCGUCUGUCGUACCUGCUGCUGUGUUUAGAGUCGGCCGUCCACAGAGGUCGUGUGGUGAGCGGCGAGUGUCAGGGCGAGAUGAUGGACUACAGGCGGAUGCUGAUGGAGGAUUUCUCUCUGAGUCCGGAGAUCGUGCUGCACUGUCGCAGCGAGAUCGAAGGUCACUGCUCCGGUCUGCACCGCAAAGGACGCACGCUGCACUGCCUGAUGAGGGUCGGCCGAGGAGACAUGGGAGCCAUCGACCCCAACUGUCAGAAGGCGCUCCAGACUCUGAUCCAGGAGGCCGACCCUGGAGCCGACUACCGCAUCGACCGAGCGCUCAAUGAGGCCUGUGAGUCCGUCAUCCAGACCGCCUGCAAACACAUCCGCAACGGAGACCCCAUGAUCCUGUCGUGUCUGAUGGAGCAUCUGUACACAGAGAAGAUGGUGGAGGACUGUGAGCACAGACUGCUGGAGCUGCAGUACUUCAUUGCCAGAGACUGGAAGUUGGACCCCAUCUUGUAUAAAAAAUGUCAGGGCGACGCCGCGCGGCUCUGCCACACCCACGGCUGGAACGAGACGAGUGAGAUGAUGCCGCCUGGCGCCAUUUUCUCCUGCCUGUACCGGCACGCCUACCGCUCUGUGGAGCAGGGACGGAGGCUCCCCGGUGGAGCGUCCUCAGCAGAAAACCAGCGAGUGACUCUCUCCAGAGACUGUAAAGUGGAGGUGCAGAGGAUUCUCCACCAGAGGGCACUGGACGUGAAGCUGGACCCUGAGCUGCAGAGACGCUGCAUGACUGACCUGGGAAAGUGGUGCAGCGAGAAGACGGAGGCAGGCCAGGAGCUGGAGUGUCUGCAGGAUCACCUGGAGGAUCUGGUGUCAGACUGCAGAGACGUGGUGGGGAACCUGACCGAGCUGGAGUCGGAGGAUAUUCAGAUCGAAGCGCUGCUGAUGAGAGCCUGUGAGCCCGUCAUCCAGUCCCACUGCCACGAGGUUGCUGAUAAUCAGAUCGACACCGGUGAUCUGAUGGAGUGUUUGGUUCAGAACAAACAUCAGAAAGAGAUGAACGAGAAAUGUUUAGUGGGAGUGACACACUUCCAGCUGAUCCAGAUCAAAGAUUUCCGUUUCUCCUACAAGUUUAAGACGGCCUGUAAGGAGGACGUCCUCAAGCUGUGUCCAAACAUCAAGAAGAAGGUCGAUGUCGUGAUCUGCCUCAGCACCACAGUGAGGAACGACACCUUGCAGGAUGCCAAGGAGCAGCGAGUGUCCGUCAAGUGUCGCAAGCAGCUGAGAGUCGAGGAGGUGGAGAUGUCGGAGGACAUCCGCCUGGAGCCCGAGCUGUACGACUCGUGUAAGCAGGACAUCAACAGGCUGUGCCAAAACGUGGCCUUUGGAAACGCACAGGUGAUCGAGUGUCUGAAGGAGAACAAACAGCAUCUGACUCAGCGCUGCCACCAGAGGAUCUUCAAGCUGCAGGAGGUGGAGAUGGUUGAUCCUGAACUGGACUACCAGCUGAUGAGAGUGUGCAAGCACAUGAUCCGGCGUUUCUGCACAGAGUCGGAGGGGAAGAACAUCCUUCAGUGUCUGAAACAGAACAAGAACAGCGAGCUGAUGGACCCUAAAUGUAAACAGAUGAUCACCAAGAGGCAGAUCACACAGAACACAGACUACAGGUUAAACCCGGUCCUAAGGAAGGCGUGCAAAGCCGACAUCCCAAAGUUCUGUCAGCAGAUCCUGAACAAGGCGACAGCGGACAGCGAGCUGGAGGGUCAGGUCAUCGCCUGCCUUAAACUCAAAUACGCUGACCAGCGUUUGUCUCCAGACUGCGAGGAUCAGAUCCGGGUCAUCCUGCAGGAGUCAGCGCUCGACUACAGACUGGACCCUCAGCUGCAGCUCCACUGCACUCAGGAGAUUUCCACGCUGUGUCCUGAGGAGGCGGCGGCUCAGGAGCAGACCGGUCAGGUGGAGGAGUGUCUGAAGGUGAACCUGCUGAAGAUCAAACAGGAAGCUUGUAAGAAGGAGGUCCUGAACAUGCUGAAGGAGAGUAAAGCAGACAUCUUUGUCGACCCUGUCCUCCACACAGCCUGCGCUCUGGACAUCAAACACCAGUGUGCAGCCAUCCCACCUGGCAGGGGGCGCCAGAUGUCAUGUCUGAUGGAAGCUCUGCAGGAUAAACGUGUUCGCCUGCAGCCGGAGUGCAAGAAGAGACUUCAGGAUCGCAUCGACAUGUGGAGCUAUGCUGCCAGGGUUGCUCCUGCUGAGGGGUUCUCGGAUCUUGCUGCACAGGUGAUGACGUCACCGUCCAAGAACUACAUCCUGACUGUGAUUGGAGCGGGCGUGGCACUGCUCUUCCUGAUGGGGCUGCUCUGCGGCAGAUUCACCAAACGUGUCACUCAGGAGCUGAAGGACAGGUAGACCCCACCAACUCCAGGGUCAGGACACGACCACAGCUGACAAAGAAAAACCUCCCCCAUGGUCUGAUUCUCCUCCCCUCUCCUCAUAGAACACGUCCCCCCCAACGCCGGAAUGACAUUACCCACAGUCUUGCAGGAGGAGGUGGGCUUUACCAGUGACUCAUCUGCCCACUUUUCUUCUUCAUUUCUUUUUCUUCUCCUCCUGCUGUUUUACCAACACUCAUCAGAUGCAGAUGCAGUACUUUUCUGCCUUUUACCCUCUCUGCCCCCCGCUGUGAGGAGAGGGGAGGAAGGCGGAGGGCCGGUGAGGUUUUUGGGGGUCAAAGGUAAACAAAGGGGGGAGACGAGGGAGGAAAAUGAGAGCUUCUAAAGUGUAAAUGUGUAGAAAUGGGAGGGGAAAUGCUCAUGUAUAGAGCGGUUUAAUGACUCCAGUAUUUGAAUGAUGACAACGUGAGUGAGUGAGCGAGCGAGUGAGAGGGUGAAUGCGAGUGUGAUCUAUCUUUCUACCACCUUACUGUCUCGUUUGUCCUCCUGCUAAAGCGGUUUUCAAGGGUUCGUUUGACUCUGGAUAUAUGCUUCGUUUUUUGUUGCUGAUGUGUGUUUGAUUUUAUCGCCAUGGGACUGCCAGGCGGGCGGUGCCAACCAGCCAGCCCUCCGCUCCACAAACACAAACACUCCCAGAAAGCUCUGCACGUCAAGUAGGGAUGGAGAUCGAAACCCGGUUCAACAAUAAGCGGGUUCUAAAAGCCUGAAAAUCAAGAUUUGUGUUUAUCGAUACUGCUAUCUAAAGUUCCUUGCACAUGGUGGCAGACUCAACUGUGGAGAACUCCCUUUGGAGGCCAAGAAGUAAUUUCUACAUAAGAAACAACCAAAAAUGACAUGCUUUAGCUGUUAACAACUAUGCCAAGUGUUCAAAGUGCAACAAAAUACUUGACUCUUAAGUUACUUUUGUGCCCUGAAAGUAGUGAAAUAUUCAGGCAAAAUAAAGAGGGUUUUAAAAACUCACAUAGAAACGGCAAGAGGCAGGAAUGUAAAAAACCCUCCGUCCAAAACCUGGAUAAGAGAUGACACACUGCUAUCCACAAAGUGGUCAGGUUUGGUUCAGUCCAGUUUUGUCCAGUCCAGUUUUGUCCUGGUUUAGCUCAUUAAACCCUGAUCUUAGCCGUGCUUCCUCAGCUGAUGUCUGUCUCACCAACCUUCAGCCUCUGUUGUGACCAGAAAUCUGUCUCUGUUAAGAGAUUCAGAUCAUUUGGUUGAUCUCGAUACAGCUGAUUGUUCUUCAUUUGGUUCCAGUUUGGCUUUAAAUGUGGAUUAAAUAACAGCAAAGUAUGGAGGAAAGGAAACUGGCACUCAAACGGCGGCUAGCUUCGGGGCUAAAAUAAAAGAGCCUAGCACAGGCUAGUCUGUGAAACUCUCUUCAUCCCUUCGUCUCUUACCCCACAAGGUUUAUUCAGUUGAUAGUACAUUACCUUUGAAUUUACCUUUGAGGUCAGCUAACCUCUUUACUCAGAACAAGACUCUUGUCUCCCUUCAUCUGGAUAGACAACACCAGACUCAAGGAGGUCUACAGGACGGAAUAAAAUGAGGUCUUGAUCACCUCCAUUUCAGGUAAAUCCUGUUUUUUACUGUAUAAAAAAUCCUGUUUUAUUUAGUGUAGGGAUUGUACCCGGUUUUGUAGAAAUUUUCUGAUGGUAACUGCAGUGUGCAGGUCCAUUUAGAGCUCCGUUCCCAUUCAUUUCUAAUUGCUUUCCCCCACUUCUGCUUAUACCAGGACAGGAUUCCUUUACACUGAUUUCUUGGUGAUAUUUCCUGGACAGACAGAAAAUAUAAAGUGCAAAAAAUUGCGGUCACUGCCGAGAAAAGUGGAAGUCAACUUUCGCAACCUAGCAGCAAUAAACGCUGGUGAGUUGCGCCCUGAAAAUAAAGUUGCGGGCGGUGCCAGCACAGAAAAACAGCAGCCAUUGUUGUUUUAUCUAUGGCCAUUUAAACCUCUGAAAAGUUGCUCCGAAGUGUUGAUAGCAGUAUGGAUAAGGUCUCAGGUUGUUGAGCAGUAUCAGUAAGGGUGUCAAAGCUGAACGGUCUCCAUCUUUUCCCACAUGGGAGCUAUUUUAGUAUUCUUAUCAUGUCAUCUUUCCUCUUCUCUCUCAUUAUUUUUAUGCAGUUUCCAACCUGUGCCAUAAACACACCACUCUUAAAGGCGUAACACUCGCCAUCUUGCUGUUUCCCGUCAUGCUGUUUUUUAAAAAAUUUUUCUAACCUAGAGAGGCUGUUUUCAGGCUGGUUGGUACGUUAAAGCUCAAACAAUGCAGGAGAGAAAAAAAAACAAAUAACAGAAAUGAAAAGAUUCUAGAUUAUUAUAGAGAUGUGAACAUUUUUGUGUAAAGAUGAUACUGGAAUCAUUGCACAUUUUUGGUUCUUUUUUUAUAUCUAUAAAUAUAUAUAUAUUGUUUUGUCAUAGCCUUAUUUAUUUGUUUACUAAUGGUCAAAGUCUUUUUUUCUAUGAUUUGAAUGUUCUCUGGUUGCCUUUUUCUUCAGCAAGCGAGCGUCCCUCUUUCCUGUCGGAGGAGGGUUGGGGAGGGGGUGUAGGCAGAGAAAGUUCAGCCUCCUCUGAGCAACGACCUGCUACGCGGAAGUUUUUAUGCACGGACGUUAACGGAACAUUUGAUCAACUGUUAUCACAUUGAUGUGGCGAUAUGAAUCCGGCCAGAUUGGUGUCUGAGUGUGGAACUAGUAAAAGCCAAACAGUAGUGAUAACACAGCACCAUGUGCGGGAUAAUUUCUUGUAUUAAUUGUCAAAAAAACUGCAGGCAAACUUCUGCACACGGUCUUAUAAAACACCGCCCAUGUAUUCAUAGCUUUCUCACGGAGUUAUUGCCCAACUGGAUGUGCUAACUGAUGAGGAGAGCUUAUACUUCAACAAAAACCCAAGAACCCAAAGAGGAGUGAAUAACAGCUGUUAGAUGCUCCUCUGUAUCUGUAGGUUCUUCUGACUUCUCCUAAUCCUGCAUCAAAUGUUAGCUUCAUCAAAGUAUGACUGUUUUUUAACAUUACAGCACCAGAACACUGACUUACAGCUGAUAGUCAUCUUCAGAGCAGCAUUAGCUAAUGUCUACUAGUAGGAAUGUAAGGGUAUCAGAAUCUCACGGUACGAUAAUACCUCAUCGUUGGAGCCUCUAUAAUCUCAAAAACUUUCUCCCUCGCCAAGUAUGAUGGGCAAACACGGGCUGAUGCCUACUGUAGUUCCUACUUCCCUUUGCUUUGUUUCACUUAAAAAAAAACAAAAAACAAAACACUUUUUACCCUAAAGACCUGUUGUCUGAAAUGUUGCAUGUCCACGGCUGUAUUAAGACACUCCUGUCUUCAGUACUGAAAAAUGAACGCUACCCUUGUGCCCCUAUUAACUAGCUGAUGUUUUCUAAUAUGCUCUCACCUAUGUGUUAAUGAUGGAGACUGUUAUCUCCCCUGACAGCAGCAUUAUUGACCCAAACACUAAAUACACCCCACUGUCUCUGCAGUGUAAGGAGAAGGAUUCUUUACUGUGGUUAUACCGGUAUGUAAACAUCACUAAAGCUAAUUCCUGGCUGGGACUUUCUGAUUUUAGUGAUUUAGACAGUAUCCCUGUGAUGUAGAAGUAACCAAAGUGACAAAAACUUUCAGUUUAAAUGAGUAUCUCUGGUUUAAAAAUGUGUUGUUAGAGAAUUAAAUAUCCGGUGCUGCAGCUCCACGAGGUGGUCAACAGUAGCGUCUGCAGUCCUCAGCUCUAUUUAACCCUCCAAAUGUCUAUGCUGGUCAUUCAGUCUGAGUGUUUAAAUCUAAAGAAUGAAAGCUUUGGAUUUGUGCAGAAGUUGCUUGGAAGUUUUGAUGGCUGUCUUUUGAAGAAGGUGUUUUCAUUGUGUUGACAAGAUAUUGAGAAAUCUGACAAUAUUUGUGGUAAGUUUAACCACAAAUUAAUAGCUGGUUAUUUUUCUCCGGGUGCAUUCUCUGUCUGCACAUCUUACUCAGAUAUUCCUGUUGUGUAAACACUGUGUGACCUGAAAUUUGCAUUCAAAGUAUCAUCUGGAUCUUCAGUUUGCAAAUCCAGAAGAAGACGUUGGCAACAUUUCAUUUUUUAUUCUUCGUCUUCUUCAUGCUUUUCUUGAUAAUGCUACUGAGCAUUUUUGCUAACAUUUCAACCCACCUCUUAAUCAUCUUUAAUUGAGUUUUAUUUAAGAUGAGUAAAACUAAAAAUGCUGUGACUAAAACUUCCUAGUUUCUACAUCUAUGCAGCACGCUUUGCAGAUAAUAUUCUGCUACAGAGGCAGGAUUGGGAGAGAAAUGUUUUGAUGUAUGGGUACUGUUAGUGCAAACACUUUGCAGUAUUGUGAUUGUAAAUGCACCUAAAAUUUUCUUAUUUAGCUGAAACUUGAAAUGGAUUUCUGCACUGCAAAAGCAUCAAUCUUAGUGAGUGUAUUUGUGUAGUUUCUAGAUUAAAAUUAGAUGUUUUAUUGACCAAAACUGGACUAAAUGUUUUUAAUUUCAUCACCUAAAACAAGUCGACUAAACCUUAAAAGCAUUUUAAGCUAAAGACUGAGACUAGAUUCAAGACAGCUGCCAAAAUUAACACUGCAGACUGGUUUUAAUUUGGCAGCUAUUAAUUUUAGUCUUAGUUUUAGUCUUUAAAUGAAAUGCAUUUUAGUUUUUAGUCACACUUUAGUCAUUUCUAUCCUUUUUAGAUUUGGUCUAGUUUUAGUUGACGAAAACUCAAAACAUUUA